CUCGGCAAAUUGUUAUGCUGUCUUGACGUCCCGUGUAUUCUGCUCCACAGAUCGAGUGAAGAGCACCGUUUUCAAGUUUUCAAGAGGUUUCUGAUGACAAGGUGAACGACAAAACGAGCAGAAGAAAUGUGGCUUUGGAGCGUAAUUAGUCUGAAUGUGAUAUUUAGCUUGGUCACCGUCCUCGCGGGCCGCGACUUUUAUUCAAUUCUGGGAGUCAGCCGAAGUGCCAACACAAAUCAGAUCAAGAAGGCGUACAGAAAGCAGGCCAAAGAACUGCAUCCUGAUCACAACAAGGACGACCCUGACGCGAACCAAAAGUUCGCGGAUCUCGGAGCAGCUUACGAGGUUCUUUCAGACAAAGAGAAGCGAGAACUUUAUGACAGAUGUGGCGAAGAUUGCCUCAAAAAGGAUGGGAUGAUGGGCGGAAACCAGGACCCGUUUGCCAGCUUUUUCGGGGAUUUCGGCUUCCACUUCGGAGGAGGCCACAGUGAGCACAAUGAGAUUCCGCGAGGUGCCAACUUAGUCAUGGACCUGUGGGUCUCCCUUGAAGAAUUGUACUCGGGAAACUUUGUUGAGAUUACGAGGAAUAAACAUGUAAUCAAGCCUGCUCAAGGCACGCGAAAGUGCAACUGUCGCCAAGAAAUGGUGACCAGACAUUUAGGACCAGGACGAUUCCAAAUGACGCAGCAGCAAGUCUGCGACGAAUGUCCGAAUGUCAAAUUAGUAAAUGAAGAGAGGAUAUUAGAAGUUGAAGUCGAGCCCGGUAUGACUGACGGCCAAGAACAAAAGUUCGUAGCCGAGGGUGAACCACACCUCGAUGGCGAACCGGGAGACUUGAUUUUGAGAAUAAAAACCACGCCUCAUGCAAAGUUUGAGCGGAGAGGUGACGACCUGUACACCAACAUUACUCUCUCCUUACAAGACGCGCUGGUCGGGUUUAGUUUGGACAUUGAGCACUUGGAUGGGCACAAAGUCACCGUGAGCAGAGACAAAGUAACUUGGCCUGGUGCGAGAAUCAGGAAGAAGGGCGAGGGGAUGCCCAACUACGAAAACAAUAACCUCCACGGCACUCUUUUCAUCACCUUUGAUGUCGAGUUCCCCAAGACAGAACUGAGCACAGAAGACAAAGAAGCAAUAAAGAAAAUAUUAAACCAAAGUUCCAACAACAACGUGUACAACGGUCUGAGGGGCUACUAGUGAGCAAACCAGCUCGGGACAUCAGUGACAAAACACUGGAGAACUGAUCUCUUGGUGGACUGAGUAAUCUGCCAAAUUGGACAUUUUGGUGUUUCGUCAUUGGCUUAUCUGAGAACAUAAUGUUGUCGGAUAGCAUUCAGUGGCUGUUGACCUUUGUUGCCCUUCCAGAUCAAUCAAUCACGUCUUGAGUUGUUGUUUUACUUUCUUAAAUAGUUGUUGAAACUUCAAAAAUAAUGUAUAUGUGCAGUGUGUGAAUGUUUGUACAAGAAUAAAUUAUUGAGAAAAAAUUUAAGCAU